GGUUGUUCCCUCUCACUAGUCAGAACUUUUGGCCAUUUUAUCUGGGUCCCUGAGCCCUUGGGUGACUGUCCUUUGGUGUGGAGGUACAGGCAAGCCAGUGGGACUGCAGGCUGUCAUGGCGACCAGUGGGGACCCAGAGGAGGAGCAGGUAGUCCCAAGUGAAGAGGAUGAAGCCAAUGUGAGGGCCGUGCAGGCCCAGUACCUCCGGAGCCCCUCCCCCAGCCAGUACUCGAUGGUCUCAGAUGCAGAAACAGAAAGCAUUUUCAUGGAGCCCAUUCACCUGUCUUCAUCGGUUGCAGCUAAACAGAUCAUCAACGAAGAAUUCAAGCCACGGGGGAUCAGAGCCGAGGCAGAGUGUCCAGGCAUGCUGGAGUCGGCCGAGCAGCUGCUGGUGGAGGACCUGUACAACCGUGUCAGGGAGAAGAUGGAUGACACCAGCCUAUACAAUACCCCCUGCGUCCUGGAUUUACAGCGGGCCUUGGUCCAAGACCGCCAGGAGGCGCCCUGGAAUGAGGUGGAUGAGGUCUGGCCCAAUGUCUUCAUAGCAGAGAAGAGUGUAGCUGUGAACAAAGGGAGGCUGAAGAGGCUGGGAAUCACUCACAUCCUGAAUGCUGCUCAUGGCACCGGCGUCUAUACUGGGCCCGAAUUCUACACUGGCCUGGAGAUUCAGUACUUGGGCUUGGAGGUGGAUGACUUUCCCGAGGUGGACAUCUCCCAGCAUUUCCGGAAGGCUGCUGAGUUCCUUGAUGAAGCCCUGCUGACCUACAGAGGGAAAGUCCUGGUCAGUAGUGAGAUGGGCAUCAGCCGGUCAGCAGUGCUGGUGGUGGCCUACCUGAUGAUCUUCCACAACAUGGCCAUCCUGGAGGCCUUGAUGACUGUGCGCCGGAAGCGGGCCAUCUACCCCAAUGACGGCUUCCUGAAGCAGCUCCGGGAGCUCAAUGAGAAGUUGAUGGAGGAGAGAGAAGAGGACUACAGCCAGGAAGGGGUGACAGAUGAGGCUGAGGAGGGUGAGGAUAGGGAGAGCAAGGUGGGGGCCAGAGUGCACAGCCUCACGGUGCAGGAGGAGGAGGACACCAUCAGCCACCUGAGCGGCUCCUCCUGGGGCCGGGCCAGCCAGGCCUCCAAGCCCCUCAGCCUCAUUGACGAAGAUGAGGAGGAGAAGCUGUACGAGGAGUGGAAGAAGGAGCAGGGCCUCCCGGCCGGCCAGGUCCCCCAGGCUGGAAAUGCCCAGAGACGGCCGGCCUCUGGCCAGGGUAGGGAGGAGCCAGAAGACGGAGAGGACGUGGAGAGGAUGAUUCGGGAGUGGCAGAGCCGAAAUGAGAGGUACCAGGCAGAAGGGCAUCAGCGGUGGGGGAGGGAGGAGGAGGAGGAGGAGGAGGAGGAGGGCGAAGAGGGCUCCUUCGUGAGGAGGAGCCGGCGGCGCAUGCUGAGCGAGAGCAGCACUUCGGAGAGUGUGAGCAGCCACGACAUCCGGGUCCUGAAGCAGCAGCUGCAGGUGAGCAGCCUGGGCCGGGCUGGGAGGCGCCGCUCGGACUCGGUGUCCACGGAGAGCACCUGGGACACGUGGAACCAGAGGCUGCAGGAGAUUGAGAAGGAAGCCGCCCGGCGGUAUCGCUCUCGGAGCAAGAGGGAGGAGGCGGACGCGAGCUCGGAGGCGGGGAGCAGGGGGCGCCAAGACGACGAGGAGAGCGUGUCUUCCGAGGCCAGCUCGUUCUACAACUUCUGCAGCAGGAACAAGGACAAGCUCACUGCCCUCGAAAGGUGGAAGAUCAAGAGAAUCCAAUUUGGGUUUCACAAGAAGGACCUGGGGGCUGAAGAGAGCGGCGGUGAGCCGGGCGCCGAGGACGCCGAGAGGGAGAAGAGCGCCGACGUCAGCCUGACGGCCUACCAGGCCUGGAAGCUGCAGCACCAGAAGAAGGUGGGCAGUGAGGACAAGGAGGAGGUGGUGGAGCUCAGCAAGGCGGACGCCGCCGCCUCGGCCAAGAAGAGGCAGCGGAGGCUGGAGCUGCUGGAGAGAAGCCGGCAGACGCUGGAGGAGAGCCAGUCCCUGGGCAGCUGGGAGGCCGACGGCUCGGCCACCAGCAGGAGCAUCCCCCUGUCUGCCUUCUGGGCAGCAGGCUCCUCGGUGGGCGCUGAGGAGGACGCGGCCUCGGUGCUCAGCACCCAGAGCCACAGCUCCCGCGCCUCGCAGGCGGGGAGCAACGCAGGGGGGUGCUUGGCCUCACUCCCCGGCACAGCUGUGCCCAACCUGCCCGUGGGGCCCGGGGACACCAUUUCCAUUGCCAGUAUUCAGAACUGGAUUGCCAACGUGGUCAGUGAAACUCUGGCCCAGAAGCAAAACGAGAUGCUGCUCUUGCCCCGCUCGCCGUCCAUCGCGAGCGCGAAGGUGCCGCCAGCAGCCGGCUGCCUGGGGGACGACCAGGUGUCCCUUCUCAGUGGACACAGCGACUCCUCCCUGGGUGGCUGCCUGCUGCCGCAGAGCCAGCUGGGGCCCAGCUCCGGCUCACCAUCCCUGCUGUCCUCCCGCGCUGCGGGGGGUCCGAGGGCCGAAAGUCAGGGGGGCAAAGUCAGGGGGACCAGCAAGCCUAUCUACAGCCUCUUUGCUGACAGCGUGGAUCUGAAAGAGCUUGGCCGGAAGGAAAGGGAGAUGCAGAUGGAGCUGAGGGAGAAGAUGUCUGAGUACAAGAUGGAGAAGCUGGCCUCCGACAACAAACGGAGCUCCCUUUUCAAGAAGAAGAAGGUCAAGGAAGAUGAAGACGAUGAUGUGGGUGACAGGGAUGAGGACACUGACAGUGCCAUCGGGAGCUUCCUGUAUUCUUCCCGCAGUAAUUCCCAAAAACCUGAAACAGACACCUCCUCCUCCCUGGCCAUUUCUGAUCGCAAUGGAAGUGGUAGCAGGGCUGGCAAAGAGAUGGACGGCAGUAUUACCAAGUGGCUCAGUGGCCUCCGGACAGAGGAAAAAUCUUCUCCCCAGAGUGAUUGGUCGGGAAGCUCCAGGGGGAAGUACACCAGAUCUUCCCUGCUCCGGGAGACGGAGUCCAAGUCCUCCAGCUACAAGUUCUCCAAAUCCCAGUCAGAGGAGCAGGACACCUCCUCCUACCAUGAGGCCAAUGGCAACUCUGUAAGGAGCACUUCACGGAUCUCUUCUUCCUCUACCAGGGAGGGCAGAGAGAUGCACAAGUUCUCCAGGUCGAUGUUCAGCGAGACCUCCAGCUCCCGAGAGGAGAGCCCAGAGCCCUACUUCUUCCGCCGGAGCCCUGAGCCCUCUGAAGGGGAUGCAUCCCCGGAACCACGGCGUCCAAACUGGGCCAGGCCCAGGGACUGGGAAGACGUGGAAGAGUCAUCUAACUCAGACUUUUCUGAAUUUGGAGCCAAGAGGAAAUUCACCCAGAGCUUCAUGAGGUCUGAAGAGGAGGGAGAAAAAGAGAGAAUGGAAAACAGAGAAGAAGGGAGGUUUGCUUCAGGGAGGCGGUCUCAGUAUCGGAGAAGCACUGACAGGGAGGAGGAGGAAGAAAUGGAUGAUGAAGCCAUCAUUGCUGCCUGGAGACGUCGGCAGGAAGAAACCAGGACGAAGCUGCAGAGAAGGAGGGAGGAUUAAGCUGGGCAAGGUGGACCUGGGCCACGCAGCUUAGUGCAGGGCUCAGAGCACACACGGCCACCACCCAUCAAGGGACAGGGGUGUGGAGAGGAUCAUCCUGAGGGGCAGCAGGGCACUCGAGUUGGGGUGGAGAGGAGGAGGAGAGUGAGAUCUGAAUGCUAAACCCACCGACACUGCUUUCUGUUGCCCAAUGUCCUCUUAAGUUUUGACACUUCACUUACACAUGUGAUCGUGUCCAUCAGAGAUUGGAGGUGAGCUCGUGUGACACCAUAGCUUGUCAGAGAUUCCAGCUUACAUCCAGGAAUACUCAAUACAGGAUGUGGUUCUGGUUGUGGAGGUUUCAUCAGAGCCAGGAAAUUCAUCCUGUGGCGAGUCUCACCUCUCCUGGCAAAGCUGAUUUCUGGUUGUUUCUCUUAAAUGUUUGGGAUCUCCAUUAAAAUGGUAUGUUGUCUAACA